AUGUGGGAGUGCAUGACCAGUGAAACUCGAAAAGGCCGACAUCUUCUGUCCCACUGUAGUCGGCAAGCAAGUCAGGCUGCUGCCAAGGAGGCAGAGCGCCUUUCCGACGUUGAAAGGUCAGCCUUGAUCUUUCAGCUGCACGGCGUGGGCGUCCGCAGGGACAAGACGAGCCUCCUGGAGAAGAUGAGGGCCUCCGCUCGGCAAAAACGAGCUGUGCCUGCCGGCGAGGACACAUCAGCAUCCAGCUCUCCGGGUGAGAAGCUUUCGGAGCUGUAUCAGCGGGCAUCACAAGACAUUGCAUCGUUGGCAUCCAGACUAGCUCAGCACAACGGGCUUCGUCAGUUCAGCGCGACCUUUUCCAACAGAGCGCCCCCUCUGGAGCUGCGAAUGCUCUUGCCGGAGUUGGAGGCCUCCAUCGAACAGCAGCUGCACUCUCUGCAGAGCACUUCCAACGAGAUCGCUCAACUGGAGUUUCCCGAUCAAAGCCGGAUGGAAGAGCUCAAGAGCGCAGUUUGCUCAUAUCUUCGCUCUGGACUUGAAGAUGCCAGCGUCACUUUUGAAGAGCAGCGAUCACAUCUGCGAGUACUUCAAGCUGCUGCUCCUCUUACGUCCCCGAUGACGAUGCCUGUACCAGCAAUGAAGUUGUCCAGCUGCAGUUCUCCACAACCGAGUCAGACGGGCCAUUUCGAGUCCUUCUCAACAGCAUCAACGCAGAGCUCGCCAAGCAUGCCUGAGGUGCAGCUCGACGGUUGGCCAGAAGAAGACGGCGAGGUGGAUCAGAGACCUGCGUCGAUGCCUUUUGCAGCAGUGGGGCCCCUCAGGUGGAUGAGCCGCAGGUCCAAAGCGUUUUCAGAGCUGUCAUGCAUCGUCAUUUGCCGGCUUCUGUUUGGACAGGCAGCCUCGGGCUAUCCGAGCUCAGCGAAGGACAAGCCGUUGUACGGUCCAGAGGGCUCGGCAGAAGGGAAGGUCGACCCCAACACACACAAGGCGCACACCGAGCACAAGCUCAACCAGGACCUCAAUGCCGGGAUGAACCGCGGUGCCGCCGAGAACAACGGCAUAGAGAGACCUCCCUGGUACACGAAGGAGUGGCCGAAGGACUGCCAGUACAACUCGCCUGGAUGCACGCUGGACGACAUGGAAACUUCCGCUCACAAGUCGGACAUCCACAAGGACAUGGUGAGGGCCUCUGCGCGUUGGCAUGACGCACUCGCCCCAGGUAUCCAGUCCAUGAGAUUCAGCUUUCUCCAGGCAACUGAUGAGGAUCUCGCUGAAGUCAUCGAGAAGCUGAAAGGCAACGAGGAUGUGACGGAACUCGACUUGUCACAUAACCACAUCAAAGAUGCAGGCAUACAGGCUUUGGUUGCAGCUUUGUCGAGUGGAGCAGCUCCGAAGCUCCGAGAGCUCAAAGUGUACAGUAACGAGUUCGGGAAGCUGGGCGAGACGAUGCUCACGCAGGGCCUGCCCAUUUUCAGAAAGAAUUUGCAGGUGCAAUGGAAAGAGCCCAGCUGGGCGAAAAUCGUCCGCGAGGAAGUCUCCCAAGCCAAGGCCGGCACCGCUGCUGCACCGCCAGCUGCCUGA